AUGCCGUUGGUCGAGUCAAGAUCACAGUGGGAGAUCAUACACGAGCUAGACGCAUUGCGACCAAUUUCGACGGGCCGCCUUUGUUCGAGAGUGAAUCGCAUCGCAAGUUCGUGCGUCUUCUAUUGACCGACCAGCAAGCCUGUCAACUUUGCUGAGGUCUUUACGCCCUCAGCUCACAAUUACAGGUCUGUUCAAAGGUGUGCCGAUUACAGUGGUCUCCAUCGGUAUGGGCUUUAGCGUACGUCGAGAUGGAAGCGUGCUCCCAAAGAGGCUCGUUUGACCCCAAUCCUUCUACCUGCGCAAGCUGGUAGACUUCUUCAUUCGCGAAGUGCGGGCCAUCCUGCAAGGUGACAUGUUUGUGGUCCGUCUGGGAUCGGUGGGUCCUCAAGCAAAAUCCAACGAUCCGAACUCUCAGCUCUGAUCACGAAAUGUGGAACCCCUAGUGCGGCUCGCUCUCUCAGAAUGCGCCAAUCGGCAGCGUCGUCGUUCCACUGCAAAGCGUCGGCGUCUUGCAAAAUUACGACGCUUUCUUGGAAGACGCUGCAAGUCCAGACGCUGAUGCUGCGCGAUGUUAUCAUAUCACGAAGCCCGUAAGUCCGCAAUGCCGACAGACCGUAGCUCUUGGCACAAGCACUAAAUGCGCGGAUCGUUCGUUCAACCCUUCGUCCAGCUCCCGGCGGAUGCUGUCCUACACAAAGCGCUUGUCGACGCCUUGAAUGCAGGCCUGCCCCCAGCACAAGACUCUGUGUUUGGCGGCCGCCAGGCAUCCGUCGUGGGUAAUCUCGUCAAUGCUAGCACAGACAGGUGAGUGCUUGUCAGGGGCCCGCAUCCGCCUACGUCUACGCGAGCUGCUGAUGUGAUUUGCUGUGCCAGCUUCUACUCCUCUCAGGGCAGGACCACAUCGUUCUUCGAAGAUCGCAAUAGCGCAUUGAUAGAACGCAUCCAAGCACACGACGUCUCCACAUUUGAGAUGGAAACCUAUCUCUUGUCUCACCUGGCCCGAUCGCACAACCGCGCAGUGCACACAGCAACCGACGGCGAGAUGAGGGUCGCCGCGGCGCAGAUCGUGUAAGUGGCAAGAGAUGCGUUGCAACUUUACCAGAAGAGCAAUCAAUGUGACAUCCCCUUGCUCUUCAGAUUUGCCAAUCGUACAACAGCUGCAUUUGUCACGCCCGCGGAAGUUGAAGUGUUGGAGCGUUGGGCUGGUGGUGCCGUCUGUGAAGCCCUUGUGGCCGCGGAAAUCUCUGCAGAGGUGUGUUAUGCAAUUCCCGAACUCAGUGCUGCUAAUUUUUCUUUGCCACGCGCCAGCACCCGCUCCAUCGCGACUGACGCAUCUGUGACCCUGACUUCGCCAUCGCAGAGACUGCAUCCAAAGGGCGUGUGGUCGAGGGAGUGA